AGGGUAUAGAAUGCUGAAUAGAGCUGCUGGAAUGGACUAGAAAUGCCGGGAGAGAUGACUUGUGGUCGUAAAAGGCCUUCUUGCCCUAACCCCCUUUUUCUGAAGUGGUUGGGACAGCGCAGCCGAAAAAGGUCUAAAGACUCAAUUUGUUUACCAGAAGAAGAAUUGUACUCAGAGAUCAGCCUUUGAAUGUUCAAGAGAGUGACUCUGAAUACUUUAUUACUUCAACUUCAAUCUUCUCUAUCUACAUUUUCAUUGUUCUUCAUGCAUGGCAGAAGGAGACCCCAAGGAAAACCUAAUUGCACGGGACAUAACAGGGAAUCCCAGAGUUGCCAACCUUCUGCUUCACCUGAAGUGUGUAUCAACUGGACCUGAAUUGACCUGAAUUCAAGACUUUUUUUAAGGUCUUGAUGAUUGAGGAGAUCUGGUAAGAAAUUGUUUACUACAUGAAGAUCUGUAUAGUGGAUGGAACUGAAUUUAAUCACCAAUUUAAUUGUUAUUCAAGAAUUAUCUGGAGUUUCAAAGUGAAACAUUGAGUCGAAAUCAGAAAUCAUAGCACCUACUGUUGAAAUGAACAAAACGAUGAACUUUACAUUUCCAGGAAUAUACAAUUUGCUCAACAUGGAGAGAAUAUAAAAAGGAGAAUUUCUCAGAACUGAUUUGAGAAGAAAGGGUGAUUAAAAGAAACAAAAGAUGAAUCUGAUAAUUUCUUGAUGGUAGGAGGAAUCCAGAUCAGCUUCUCUAGCACUUUAUUUAUUCUUUUGGCUACCCAGAAAGCAUAAGUUAUGACGUAGAGACCCCAGCAGAUCAAAAUAUCUCUCCUAUUUUACUUGGGUUAAGCUACAGAUAGAAGGGUGCAAGAAGGAUCUCUCCAAGAAGCCAAGAGCUCUCCUUGGUGGUUAAAAACAAAAUAUUACACCCAAUACCACUGACUACACGUUGGACAUAGUUUCCUUUUAAACAAAUUCAUGAUGAACGAGGAAUGUAGCCUUCUUGGCAGGGACCUCUCAAAGGUUACAGAUGAGGAGAUGCUUUCACAUAGUAAGGAAGAAUUAGUGAGGAAGCUCAGGGAAGAAGAGGCAGAGAAAAUGUCUGCCCUAAUCCAAAGAGGGCGUCUAAUCAAAGAGGUUAACCGUCAGCUACAAGGUCACUUAACAGAAAUUCGUGAGCUGAAGCAAGUCAACCACCGUCUGCAGGAGGAGAACAGGGAGCUGAAAGACCUCUGCUGCUUCUUAGAUGAUGACAGAUUGAAGAGUAAGAAGUUGGCUAGUGAGUGGCAGCUCUUUGGCUACCAUACAGCAAAAGUACUGAGAGAGGACCUUGGUGGAUACCUGAAGAAACUUUCAGAACUGGAGAGGCGCCAAGAGGAACUCAUGCGAGAAAACUCCUGCCUUUCCGAGGUUUUCCUAGCCCUGGAGGAAGAUAGUGGGCCUAUAAGGCAUCACGUCAGUCCUGUGGCUUCAUCAGAAUUGAGUCUUUUACAUUGCGGGCCUAGAGACUUGGGAGAUGGGAGUUCAAGCACAGGUAGUGUGGGAAGCCCAGACCAGCUCCACGUUGUUUGUUCUCCAGAUGAUUAAGGAGAGGGGCGUGUGAACCUUUUACAGCUGUGAAUGUAUAUAGCCCAAAAACAAGACUAUUGACUUUUAAACUAGGACUUAAUGAUCAUCUCAGCAUAUAAGAGGAGUAUUAAUUUGGUUAAGAGUUUGAUAUCUGUGCCCAUGUAUUAGUCAAGUUUUUCUCCACCUGCACCCGACUUCCCCAUUCCAUUUAUAGACCCACGCCGACCUGCCCCGCUGAUGAUGUCACAAAAGGGGCGGGGCAGGCGUGAGUCUAUAAAACAGGAGGCCUGAAGUCUAAAUCUAAGAACCCACCCAGGACCUGCAAGAGGAGCAGCGAGGUCGGCCCCAACCCACCCGACCCGGCACAUCACUAAUACACAGAUAAGAGAUCAUGUGUCCCCCUCAAAGACUUCUGUGGCACAUGACAUGCUUUAAUACAUUCAGACCCCCUUUUCAAUCAAAUUUCCUAACCAACUGCCAACUGUCUAUAGCACACUGUAGUGUGUGUCUGUGUUGUGAGACAACACUGAAGUUUUCAUUUACUACUGACGUUCUCUGUGGUUUUCCAGCAUUUUCAUUCGCUGGAAUGGAAGCGAUUGUUGGCAGUUUGGGAAGCUUUGAUUUCCUCCCAGAAAGAACACCAGUGAUCAUAGCAUCUUUUUUUUACUAAAAUCUCUUUUUCUUGGCAGAAUGUAUAAUCGGUGUUGUAGAGAUCAGUGUAUUAUGAUUGCAUGUUACAGUAUGACAACCACCAUUCUGGGGCCUCCCUUAAAGGAGAAGGAAAGCUACGGAGGUAUUUUAUUGCCAAUAGAUUAGCUGCAAUAGUGCAAGCUAGAAUGCUUUAUUUAUUCUG